UACAGAUUAUACAUUUAUGUAACGUAUCAAUGGUACCAUCGAACAUUCCACAUACAGACCAGAUAACGAUAACUGAUGAAAUAUAACAAAUGAACGGUGACAGGUUCUAGUAGUUGGUGUAGAACGUCCACCAAGAUGCCGACUACAAAUGAAGCAGAUGAUCGAAUGAAAAAGUUUAAAAAUAAAGGCAAAGAUACAACGGAGCUGAGGCGCAGGAGGGUGGAAGUUAGUGUGGAGCUCCGGAAAGCCAAAAAAGAUGAACAGAUCUUGAAGCGGAGGAAUGUGUCCUCCUUUGCUGACGAACAGCCUCUGUCCCCAGAACAGAAAACUAACUCUGUGGUGGUUCCUCAACUCUCCUUGGAUGAAAUAGUUCAAGGAAUGAUAUCUGGAAAUCCAGAUCUUGAGCUAAGGAGCACUCAGGCAGCAAGAAAAAUCUUAUCUCGAGAAAGGAAUCCUCCUCUUAAUGAUAUCAUAGAUGCUGGGCUAAUCCCCAAGAUGGUGGAGUUCCUGAGCCGCAAUGAUAACAGUACACUGCAGUUUGAAGCUGCUUGGGCCCUCACAAAUAUAGCUUCUGGUACCUCUGAUCAAACAAAGUCUGUAGUGGAUGGGGGUGCUAUCCCUCCUUUCAUAUCUCUGAUAUCGUCCCCACACCCACAUAUCAGCGAACAGGCAGUUUGGGCAUUGGGAAACAUUGCUGGUGAUGGUCCAAUGUACAGAGAUGUGCUGAUUAACUGCAAUGUGAUUCCUCCACUACUUGCUCUUGUGACUCCACAAACACCGGUUGGUUACCUAAGGAACAUAACUUGGACCUUGUCAAACUUGUGCAGGAACAAGAACCCAUAUCCCCCAAUGACAGCUGUGCUCCAAAUUCUACCAGUGUUGACACAGCUCCUUCACCAUGAUGACAAGGAUAUUCUAUCGGAUACCUGCUGGGCAAUGUCUUAUCUGACUGAUGGUUCUAACGAUCGUAUUGAUGUGGUGGUAAAGACUGGGGCUGUAGACAGACUAGUUCAACUAAUGUACAGCCCAGAACUGAGCAUUGUUACACCUGCAUUGCGCACCAUUGGAAACAUUGUCACAGGGACAGACAAACAAACUCAGUCUGCCAUUGAUGCAGGUGUCUUGUCUGCCCUGCCUCAGCUUCUGCGGCACAGUAAACCAAGCGUUCAGAAAGAGGCAGCGUGGGCGCUCAGUAAUAUUUCUGCAGGCCCAUCAUCUCAAAUCCAGCAGCUUAUUACCUGUGGACUACUUGCUCCUCUUGUUGAUCUGCUUAAAAAGGGAGACUUUAAGGCACAGAAAGAAGCAGUAUGGGCAGUGACAAACUAUACCAGUGGUGGCACUGUUGAACAGGUAGUACAGCUGGUCCAAUGUGGUGUGUUGGAGCCACUACUCAACCUGCUGACUGUUAAGGACAGCAAAACUAUUCUCGUGAUCCUUGAUGCCAUAUCAAACAUAUUCCUGGCCGCAGAGAAACUUGGAGAACUGGAUAAGCUUUGUCUGGUUGUUGAGGAGCUUGGUGGACUAGAGAAGAUAGAAGCUCUUCAAACACAUGACAAUCACAUGGUUUAUCAUGCAGCUUUGUCUCUCAUAGAGAAGUACUUUUCUGGAGAGGAAGUGGAUGAAAUGCUUGCGAUGCAACCAGAAGCUACCAAUGAUGCCUUUACAUUUCAGGCCCCAAGUAUGCAGAAAGAUGCAUUCAACUUCUAAUUAUCUAUUGGCCAAAAUGGGUAUAGCAUCUAUUUUGUCUACUAUUUCUUAAGUAAUAAAGUUAUAA